AUGGAGAAGAUCAGAGGAGAGAUGGAGCACGAGGAGCGGCCGGAACGCGUCGAGCCGCUGUCCGACGCCGAGAGGGAGAUCAUCCGGGACACAUGGGGGCGUGUCUACGAGAACUGUGAGGACGUGGGUGUGUCCGUGCUCAUAAGGUUCUUUGUGAAUUUCCCAUCGGCCAAACAGUACUUCAGCCAGUUUCAGGACAUGGAGGACCCAGAGGAGAUGGAGCGAAGCAGCCAGCUUCGGCACCAUGCCCGCAGGGUGAUGAACGCCAUUAACACUGUGGUGGAGAACCUCCAUGACCCAGAGAAGGUGUCCUCUGUUUUGGCUUUGGUGGGAAAGGCCCAUGCUGUCAAACACAAGGUGGAACCCAUGUAUUUCAAGAUCCUGAGUGGGGUGAUGCUGGAGGUGUUGUCUGAAGAUUUCCCAGAAUGCUUCACAACAGAGGUGCAGAUGGUGUGGACCAAACUGAUGGGGGCGGUGUACUGGCACGUCACAGGGGCCUACACAGAGGUGGGCUGGGUCCAGGUCUCCAGUUCAGCUGUGUGA